AUGAAAUUCACUAUCAAAGGCAUUCAAUACAAGCUGCAAAGGCUGACUUCAGGGGAAGUAUCUCUCAUAACGGACAAACAGGCUGCUCGAGCACCAGUUUCUAACAAGGCUCUUUAUACACUGCUUGUGUGCACCACUUUUCCUCAAUGUUUCGUAAUUGAUAGACAGCCUUCUUCAGUGUCAUAUUUGCCGCAGGAUUUACAAGCUUUAUUGCAGCAAAAUGCUAAGAUUUUUGAUGUUCCAACAGGCUUACCCCUUAGUCGAGCUCAUGACCAUCAAAUUCCAUUGAAAGACGAGUCCCAAGUCGUUAAAAUCAGGCCUUACCGCUAUCUUGCUGUUCAGAAGGAUAUUUUAGAAAAAAUGGUGGCUGAAAUGAAAGCAACAGGCAUUAUUAAAGAUAGUACCAGCUCUUUUGCUUCUCCAGUUGUUUUGGUCAAAAAGAAAGAUGGCUCCUGGAGGUUUUGUGUAGACUAUAGACAACUCAAUAAUCUCACAUUGAAGGAUAGAUUUCCAAUUCCCUUGGUGGAGGAGCUUUUGGAUGAGUUGACUGGUUCACAGUGGUUUUCUAAGCUCGAUUUAAGGUCAGGUUACCACCAGAUACGAAUGGCUGACAAGGACGUUCACAAAACAGCUUUCAGAACACACCAUGGGCACUUUGAAUUCAUGGUUAUGCCUUUUGGACUAACCAAUGCCCCUUCCACUUUCCAAAGCUUAAUGAACAGCAUUUUUCAGCCGUAUCUCAGGCGCUUUAUCAAAGGCUAUGGGUCAAUUGCACAACCCCUUACUGCCUUGCUCAAGAAGAACAACUUCACCUGGACUGCGGAUGCCACUGUUGCCUUUACUAAACUCAAACAAGCCAUGGUUUCUGCUCCUGUGUUAGCUAUGCCAAACUUUGAGGAAACUUUUGUUCUCGAGUCUGAUGCUUCAGGAACUGGUAUUGGUGCUGUAUUAUCUCAAGGAGGACGUCCCAUUGCUUAUUUCAGUCGGGCUCUUUCCCCUAGACACCAAUUACUGUCAGUUUAUGAGAAGGAGAUGAUGGCCAUCCUGGCAACUCCGGGAGCUCAAUUGUGUGCCCUUUCAGCUGUCCAUACUGACUUGACAGCCAGAAUUAAACAAUCUUGGGCUCAAGACCCUACUGUCACCAAAUUGAUGCAGAAAGCCAAGAUUAACCCAUCUUCUACUGCCAAGUAUACAUGGCAUCAAGAUCAGUCUAUUGGAAAUGACUUAAGAGGGAUGCUAGACAGUUUGUAUGUACGGGAAUGCACUACUUGUCAACAAAAUAAAUCUGAAAAUGUUGCAAGUCCAGGGUUAAUGCAGCCCCUGCCUAUCCCUACUAAGGUAUGGAUUGAUAUUUCUAUGGAUUUUAUUUCGGGCCUUCCUAAAUCUCAUGGCAAAGAUGUUAUAAUGGUGGUAGUUGAUAGGCUUAGCAAGUAUGCACAUUUCAUUCCUCUCUCUCACCCUUAUACUGCUGUGAUUGUGGCUCAAGCAUAUAUGGAUAAUGUGUAUAAAUUGCAUGGCAUGCCCGAGACUGUUGUUUCUGACAGGGACCAAGUAUUCUUGAGCUCGUUCUGGAAAGAACUCUUCAUAUUGCUAGGAGCUAAACUGCAUAUGUCAACUUCAUACCACCCACAAACAGAUGGGCAAACUGAGGUUACUAACAGAAGCUUGGAAACAUAUUUGCGUUGCUUUUCUGGUGAACAUCCCUCUGAUUGGGUUAAGUGGCUUCCUACAGCUGAGUUCUGGUACAAUACUCACUUCCACUCUUCUGCAAAAGCCACUCCUUAUGAGAUUCUCUAUGGACAACCACCGCCCGUUCACAUGCCUUAUAUUCCUGGUGAGUCUAGAGUGGAUGUUGUGGAUCGGAGUUUGAAGGCAAGGGAAGAUACUAUACAGGUGCUUAAGUUUCAUUUACACAGGUCUCAACAUAGGAUGAAGCAGUUGGCUGACAAGAAAAGAACUGAUCGAAAUUUUGAAGUUGGUGACUUAGUUUAUCUCAAACUGCAGCCAUACAGACAAAUUUCAGUGUUGCGCAGGCCCAACAUGAAGCUGGCUGCAAGAUUUUUUGGUCCGUACCCCGUGGUUAAGAAGAUUGGAGAGGUUGCUUAUGAACUAGCCUUGCCUUGUGGCUCUAAAAUACACCCAGUUUUUCAUGUAAGUCAAAUAAAAAAACACAUUGGUAAGGCCCCUGCUCAUGCUCAACUACCUGUCUUAGACUCUCAUGGGAUCAUAGCUAGAGAACCUACUGCCAUUUUGGAGAGAAGAAUGGUUAAACGUCGUGGUAGAGCUGUGACUGAAGCGUUGGUGUUGUGGAGUAAUAGCUUCCCUGAAGAUGCAACCUGGGAGUGUCUUUUUGACCUUCAGAAAAAAUUCCCCGACUUUGAUUCUUGA